GCAGACCUUUUUGCUGUUGAGCAGGACUGCAGAGCUGUAAAGCACAACAAUAGCAAGAAAAAUUCAAAUAAAGUUGAGCAGCCGCAAGCGACACAAUCGCGAAAUCCCAUCAGACGUUCACAAAGUGAGCGCUACCCACGCACAACAAUAACACCAACAAUACGCAAUAAGAACAACGAUCCCGACAGUGAAUACAACAACGGUCAUCAACUAGAAAACCACACAACAAAUGGUGGCCCGCAUUUUGCGGCAGACUCUUGUGCCGGAAAUGGGGAGCACAGAAAACGCAACAACAACAAUAGCAAAAACAAAAGCGAAACUCACCGCGAAGAGGCCAUUUUGAGCUUUAAAGAUACUAUGGCGUUGCGUACCAGGCUGCACCGUAACGAUAGUCGAGAUUUAUUUGCGCGUCCACGCGAACCGCCGCCUCCACCACCAACACCCACGCCACCACACACCAAUGGUGUCAGUAGUGUUGAUGCAGCAGCAGUAGCCGCAGUAGCAGCUGCUACACAAACGACCUCGACCGCCACAAACGCCAACAGAGCUGGCAAUAACAAGGCCGCAGAUACACUUGCCACAAAAGAUAUGCCAGCCGUCGUUGCACUAAUGGCUUCGGCGUCAUCAACACAAAACUGCCAAACAAACAAUUCGACGCUAUCUCCUGCAGCAGCAACAAGUCAGCGACCGACGGACAAAGCAAAGAAUGUAGCAGCGGCAGCAGGAAAAAAUGCUCGAAUUACCAAAGUCAGCACAAAUGGAUUAGAGGAGCUAAAACAAGAAGAGGGUGCAAAAACUCGAACGCAUCUGGCAUAUGAAAGCCUCACAGAUAGCGCACAAUGUGGCAUGCAACAAAUGCCAAAACAAAAUAUGCACGAUACAAAAGUGCAACAUCAACAACAGCAAUGUACCCUCAAUGCCUGGGAGACCAAAAUUUGCCCGAUAACAACGCCACAGGGCAAUAGUUUGUUGUCUUCCUCUACCGCUAACAUCACCGCUACCAACAACACUAAUACCUCGUCGCACCAGCGCACUGUCGUACGCGUCGCACCGUUUAACAAAACCAAAACCACUUCGGAAGUACAUCGUCUCAAAAUAAGUCACACCGACAACGAUGAUGCAUUCAGUGCACACCAACUACAGUCACCCAAGUCGCCCCACUACAGUUUCCAAUAUAAUGGCACGAAUAGUGCAACAUUCGCCGGUGAAGCGGCUGACCUCACUGCGUCUACGGCACAGAAGAAAACUUCAAUUUUAAUUAACGGUGACGACUGCUACUCAACAAUGAAUCUAAGUUGUGAUGAUGCCAGCACACCACUAUAUCAAUCAUCGGUGGUAGUGGCUGACUAUAGUGCAAAAAAGCCAAUUGUAGACUCCACAAUUGGCGAUGCGCACGAUGGCAGCUUCAGUGGGCUCAAAGUGACAACCACAUCAAAUACAGUGACCAUAAAUGUCAGCAGUCCCCGCAGUGCUGCCGAAGAACUUAUCUAUCAGCACAAUAAAAUCAAUGCAAUGCUGAGUCAACAAACUGCAGCCGGAAGUGAAGGAGUUUCCAGUGGUGGGCGAGCCAUUAUACCAAUUAAAGGAUCUGCAGAGGUAAAUCUGCAACGUUCUGCUUCUUCGACCUCUUCCACAUCGACCAGCUCUAUGACCAGCUUGAGUAGCAGUGGUAGUGGCAGUGGCGGUGGCAGUAGUGGUUCAAUACCGAAACGUGGUCGGACUUUGAUUAGGUUGGAUUACGAGAAUGAAAAGUCCACUGUCUUUCAGCAGCAACAACAAGCGAAGUUAUGUUCUGAUAUAGAAAUUUGUGUGAGUGCGCCGGCAGAUAUUACAACUAGCAUGGAAGAAACCGAACUGUUGUCUCAUGAGGAAGAGUUGUUAAAGAUUUUGCGUAAUCCUGUUGAGGCUGUGAAAAGGAAUUUAGUACCGCAUGUUUGUGGUCGAAAUGAAGCAAUAACUGAGCGAGAUACGAUAAGAAAUAGAAAAAUGAAGGAUGUCAGUAAACAGGAGGCGAUCGUGACAGACACCAAACUCACGACCAAUAAAAGUAGCCAGCAUAAAGCCAAGUUCGACGUUGUUUCAACUAAGAAAGAGGUUACCGCUACAACUCCUGUCAAAUCUUCCUUCAUAACUAAACUACUUGAGGAUCCAAUGCUUAGUCAAGUAGCUGAUGGCUUAGAAACCGAAACCGUUGCCGAGCUAAUCGAAAACUCUUUGAAGCGUCUUCAAGAAACACGCAAUGCAGUGGAUAUGACUGGUACCAAAGAUAAUGACGACAUGAAUCGUUUAAUCAAUCUUUCACUACAGAAAAUCAAGGAAGAACGGCAGAGUGCAACCACCUCCGCAGCGCCGACAAUCAACGCGUUAUCCUCUGUAAACAAUACCCACCUUACCGUACCCACCAAAGAUGAAGAUGGACUGUCUAAUCGCGGCAGCAUCAGCUCAGCGAACAGUUUUGCCUCAGCUAAUAACUAUGAGUUGUUCGAGUUUGACGCAAACGAAUCCGAUUGCUACCAGAGCUGUUCCAGCGAAAUCACAUCACCAGGUGAUGAUGACAUCAACUCAGCGAACACACGUUCUAAAUUCUACCAAAUGUUGGUCGACGCUACUCUAGCAGAGAUAGAGAUGUCUACAAACUUGGAGGAGGACAUUGGUAGUCAUCACUAUGAGUCGAUACGCAACAACGGUGAUCCCAUAUAUGAAGAAAUCAACGAUGUGCCGCCACCCUUGCCACUCAGCGCACCGCCAAUCAAUGACACCGAUAUGGAGAAGAAGGCGGCGCGUUCCAUAUUUGAAGGCGCGUCCAAAUAUGAUAUACUCUCGUACCUUGUAGACGCAAAAGAGCGUGGCGUAGUGCGUGAAGAGACAUUCGACUACCCACUCAGUUAUUCUAAUCCCAUUAUUAUAGAAGAGGAAGCUGGCGACACGCUCAGCGAACUCGGCAAACGUCAAACAAUGCGAGAUUUCAGCUCACGCGGCUCAGUGAUAAGUGACUCAAGCGAAGAUGCUCAUAGCUUGAUGAGCUCGCUUUCACCACCGACUAACAACUUCAUUUGCGGUAAUAGUAGCAGCCAAACAAGCCUCAUGCAACGCAAUAAAGGCGCAUCCAGCGAUAUUGAACGUAACGACUCCGGUGUGGGCUCGGAGACUAGCAAAAGCUCACGCAACAGAUAUCAAAACCCGCUUCCUACUGUCAAUGCACAGCUCUCAUUGGACAGUCCCAUACACUUGUGUGAGGAUUGUGAUGGUCCUGUAGAGAUGAAAGUCACCGAUUCGGGUAUUAUGUUUGCGCCACUCGUUUGUCGUAAAUGCGGCAAGAAACGUGUGGAGCGUAAAGAGAUUAUAACCGAAAUUGUCGAGACAGAGGAGAAAUACGGACGGGAUCUACAAAUUAUAUUGGAGGAGUUUUGUCACCCCAUGCUAGUGGCCGGUCUACUUACACAGGAUCAGCUCUCUGCAAUCUUCUUGAAUACCGAAGAAUUGCUCGAGAACAAUCAAACUCUGGCGGAGCGUAUGCGCGACGCACUCGACAUUGCUCUCGAGCAAGGCGACGACGAUCUGCUGACCGUGAACAUCGGUAAGAUAUUCCUUGAUUUCACGCAGAUGUUGCACGCCUUCGAGAGCUACUGUGUGCGACAGGCGGGCGCAAGUUUGCUGCUGGCUAAUCUAGAAAAGGAAAAAGAACUUUUGCGCAUAUUCCUGAAGGUGUCUCAAAUGGAGAAUGCCGUUUUGCGACGCAUGAAUCUCAAUUCUUUCCUGAUGGUACCCGUACAACGUGUAACCAAAUAUCCACUCCUACUCGCCCGUCUAUACAAAGUGACGCCUGCUCAUCUCGAAGGACGUGAUCAACUGAAACAGGCCCAAGAGAAAAUCGAAUUGCAUCUAAACCAUAUCAACCAGGAAGCCAAAGAUGUACCGACCAAACUGUGGCGCCGCAUAUCGUCAUCAAGCCCCAAUCGACGUGCUUCUUGCGAAAUCGAUAUGAUUAAUAUAAAACUACGGAAAAUGGCCAUCGACAUUCUGGAAUGGAAUCACGAUGAGGUACGUUUUGCCAUGGAGGGGAAACUGCUGUACACUCAGCCUACGGAUAGCAAUUGGAAGAAGGCACGCACCAUCAAAUUGACGCCAGUCAAUGCAUUGCUCGUUACAAAUGGCAAGCCGAGUGCCAAUUAUAAGGCAGAAAAAGUUAUGUCAGAUAAACUGAAUUUCUCGAAACAUACCGGCAUACGAGAGGCCUCACUGCUGGUGGUGAAGGAGAAGUGCGGACGUUACACGCUGAUACGUGAGCCAUUGUAUCUGGACAGAUGCGUUGUGUGCAGCGAAGCGGACUGGGAUGAUUAUUUCGAGGUGCAGGAAAUUUCAUCGAAGGACACUUUCAUAUUCAAAGCUGAGGAUGGUGUUCGCACAAAACAAUGGUACACACAGUUGCAAUAUCACGCACAGGGUAUGGGCGCUUGGCGUAAACGACGCAAUGCGCUCGCCAAUAUUAUGAUCAAUGGCAUGUUGGCGCGCACUUAGAAUGCAGCAGAGAA